AUUUCAUUAAUUAUUUCAAAAACAUUUUUAUACAAUCGGUGGAAUUCAGUGGUUGUGUACAUUUUAAGGGUUUUACAGUGCAACAGCAUCAAAGAAAAUUCGUUCGCAAUUAAUGAGCAGAAUUAAUAACUGCAAUGAAUUCAGCAUAGCAACAUUAGGGGAUACUAAGCAACAAAUAUGUUUGUCCCUUAUUAUCCAUUUAGAUUAUAUUUUCUUUUGUAUAUUUAAAGUUAUUAUAGUGUCCUAUAAAUUAUUUCGUUAUGUCUGCAAAUACUCAAUUUGCAAAUCCUCCACCAGCUAUAAGUUUACCUAAUAUGUCAGUGCCACCGCCUGCUACUCCAAAUUUAUCAGCUCCUCCUCCUAAUUUAACUACCAUAAACACAUCUGGAAGUUACCAGCAUCGUUACACUAACCAUAGGGAUGGAGCACGUGGCUUUUUCAAACCCUUUCGACCUUACCAUGCACCUAAGAUUGUUGCUGCUGGCCAAGAUACAUUGCAAGAUGAAUUUGAUGGGAAAAGACUUAGGAAAUCUGUUAUGCGUAAAACUGUGGACUAUAAUUCUGCCAUUAUAAAGAGUUUAGAGAAUCGAGUAUGGCAGAGGGAUUAUCGGGACAGACGUGCCCUUCAUCCAGAUGUGAUGUAUUAUCCUGAUUUACUUCCACCACCCAGUUAUGUCGAUAACCCAAUAAAUGCAGUUACCACAAGAUUUGUUAAGACUGCAACAAAUAAAAUGCGAUGUCCCAUCUUCUGUAUGGCUUGGACACCAGAGGGUAGACGUCUUGUUACCGGUGCAUCUAGUGGAGAAUUUACCCUGUGGAAUGGUCUUACAUUUAAUUUUGAAACUAUUCUGCAGGCACAUGAUAGUCCAGUGAGAACAAUGGUAUGGUCACACAACGAGAGCUGGAUGGUCACAGGAGAUCAUGCAGGCUAUGUGAAGUAUUGGCAGAGCAACAUGAACAACGUCAAGAUGUUUCAGGCGCACAAAGAAGCGAUUAGAGGACUCAGUUUCAGUCCAACGGAUCACAAGCUGGCAACAUGCAGUGAUGAUGGAACUGUUAGAAUUUGGGACUUUCUUCGCUGUCACGAAGAACGAAUUCUCAGGGGUCAUGGAGCUGAUGUGAAGUGUGUGCACUGGCAUCCACAAAAAAGUCUAGUCAUCUCUGGAAGCAAAGAUAAUCAGCAACCAGUCAAGCUGUGGGACCCAAAGACUGGUCAGUCUCUCGCGACUCUUCAUGCACACAAGUCAACAGUCAUGGAUGUUAAAUGGAAUGAGAACGGAAAUUGGUUAGUGACUGCAUCGAGGGACCACUUGCUCAAGUUGUUUGAUCUUCGAAAUUUAAGUCAAGAGGUUCAAACAUUUCGUGGUCACAAAAAGGAGGCUUCUAGCGUUGCGUGGCAUCCGAGCCACGAGGGUCUAUUUUGUAGUGGUGGUAGCGAUGGAGCUAUUUUGUUCUGGCACGUUGGAGCCGACAAGGAAGUGGGUGCGAUAGAACAAGCUCACGACAGUAUCGUCUGGACAUUAGCUUGGCAUCCGUUAGGACACAUUCUGUGUUCUGGUAGUAACGAUCAUACUUCGAAGUUUUGGACACGAAACAGGCCCGGUGAUUUGAUGAGAGACAAAUAUAAUCUGAACACUCUACCUGCAGGAUCGGCUGGUGUUGACGACCACGAAAUUGCCGAUGAAGCAGCUGUGAUACCUGGUAUGGGACCAGAAGACAGAAUCAACGCGGAUGGCGAACCAGAAGACAAAAGCGGCGGUAUUCCAGGCCUGGAUUUGGACCAUGCUGUAGACGAAGGAAAGAAAUUUGCCAACAAAAAGGUUCCAUACAGCAAACCAAUUCCAAGGAACUUCCAAGCUCAAUGGAACGAGAUGGAGGCUGAAGAUAUGGAGCAAGUAGAAGCUUUAAAUGCAUUUGUGAACCAGUUGAUCGAAACCACGCCAGGAGCAGUGCCUCUGAAUGAAGUAACACCUAACGGUAUUAUAUUGUACGGGAAAAUGAUUCCUGUCGAACCCGGUUCUAAGUUAGCAGAAGCAAUCAGUAAAGGAAAUGAUGCCAUAAAUAAAUUAGUGUUCUCCGGAGAGAUAGAGGAGUUGCGCGACGUUGUAGGUCCACCAGACAACAUGGACGAUUCUGAAGAAUUUUUACAAGACGACGGUGAAAUAGACUAUUCCAAAGUUCCCGAUAUCGAACUUCCUCCACCUUUACCCAGUUCGAAGUUCGCGCAGAAUCCCGAGUUGCUCAAGGCGUUGAAUCGAGGUGGUAAGCGGAAAUUCGAUCAGUUAAUCGGCUGGAGCGAUGGUGGUGCAAGCGAUCGAACAUCGAAGAUCCACCAACCGGUAUUUGGUGGAGUGAUGACAGAAGACUCGCAGUCUAGCGAUACUGAUCUAAGGUACAUCGGAACGAAGUCGAAUCAGCACUCUAGCGAGAGCAACUCGUUCCAUAGUGGUCAAGACGAGGAUCUUAGGAAGCUGUCUCACGGUGAGGGCACGAGGAAUGUAAAUCGUGACGAGGACUUGCGGUUUAAUAUAUCCAGUGGUCCUGGAAGGCCUAGCUCACGUUCAGACUACGAUUUGAGGGGUAACUACGCCGAUAAAGACUUCAGGAGUUCCCAUGUAUUCUCCCUAAAGAAGUCUUUAGACAGCGACAUCUACGACGACAGAGAUCGAGACGGUGGUUCGCGAUGGGAUGACGAAAAAUCGAUAAACGAUGGUCCCCGGAAAGGGGAUGGCGGUUUUUCAGGCAAUUUCGAUAAGCGUGAUAUGCCUAUGGGUAUAGGGUCUGGCAUGAGCAACAGCAUGGCCCAUUUAAGCAACAGCAUAUCCCACAUGUCGAGUCAUCAUAAUAUGCAGAAUAUUAAUCCCAAUAUGCCUCCUCCGAUCCCCAGUUUAGUGCCACAUCCGAACAUGUCCCAGCAUCCUAUGCAAAAUAAACCGUUGCACCCUGGUAUGCAAGGAAUUGAUGGUCCUAUGCACAUGAUGCAUCAUCCUAACAUGCACCCUGGUUUUGGUCCGAAUGGACCGCCACCUGGUAACUUUGGACCGAACUUCAGACCACCAAACGGCAACUUCGGACCGAACCAACACUUUCGACCGAGUCCAUUGCCCCCAUUCGGACCAAAUCAAGGACCAUUCGGUAAUAGUUUUCAAGGUUUGCCGAAUUUCCGAGGACCGAAUUCUGGUCCGCCAAAUUUCGACAGGCCGGGCUUUGGGCCUGGUUUCAGGGGUCAAAACCCCGGUCAAAAUCCGCCAAAUAGUUUUAACUCUAAUUUCGGUAAUUUCGGAAAUAAGCUUGGACCUAAUCGUGGCAUGAAUCGGGGUCCCAACGACAAUAACAUGGGAAGAAGCGGGUAUAGUAAUCGUGGUAGAGGUCGCGACGGUGAUCAACCACGGGGCAUCCGUGGAAGAGAUAAUUAUUGAAGGAUAAUUAUCACGGGAACGAAAGUGUCUAUAUGUUGUGUGUACGUUGACAGACUGCCGUUCGUCCUGCACGUGGCAGGUUGUUGUACAGUCGCCGAUAAAGGAAUUCUACGCGUCAGAACGGUGGUACUCUGUAAAAGCAUUGCAGUGUAAAAUAACGACCCAUAUCAGACACGUUGCGAGCCAUUUUAUACUCUCCGUUGAACAAAAAAAGAAAAAGGAAAACUGGAAGUGGGCGUUAAUGCAAGCGUGCUUGGAUGAAAGUAUAUUUUCGUUCUUUUUUUUCUCGAAGGAACUUUAUUUGAGGAGAACACAGUGUCCUUUUCCAGGGAAAGCGACUGAUUAUCCAUUAAUAGAUGGCUAGAUUUCUAAAUAGUAACGCAAGAGAGAUGAAAUUGUGUCGGAUGCAGGCGCGACCUCUUCUCAUCUUGUAAUACUUGCGCGCAGAUUGUACGAGUGUGAUGGAAUCGUAUAGAGCCGCAGAAAUUGUAAUAUAUAUAUAAGAUAUAACCAAUGACACACCGAUAUUAUUCCGAUUAAAAAAAAAAAAAACAGAAAAAAAAUUAAAAAAACAACUGUUCACAAGCUGCCUUGCGAAAGAAUUUUUUUCUUGUUCCGAAUUCGAGAAUUGAUUGAGCGCGCGGGAAGAUAGGGUAGAGAAGCAUGUGGAGCAUGUUGAACGUUUCGUAAUUGUUGCUGGUCGUCGAGAAACUGUGAACCAGAGCAGUUUACCUAUCAAUUAUUAAUAAAAAUGAAGUAAGA